CCAAGACUUAACCAUUUGAAACUUUAAGCCGAAGAGACCCCGAUGACUUCCUGUAAGUCACACAGCUGCCUAAAAGUUUCUAAGAAAGAAAACUAUCAAAGGAUGGAGAUGUCUUCAGUGUGUCUGGUACUCUCAGCCAUCCUGAGCAUCCACCCUGACAGAUCUCAGUUCUUUUGGUAUGAAAUGAUCACGCUGAGCUGUAGAGGGGCAGAUAACUCUGGGAAUUGGACUCUGAAGAGAAACACCUCCUCUGAAACUUCUGAGCCAUGCAACUCUGGCUGGGGAAUGUCAGAUAACUCGUCGUGUACUAUUAUGGACACCUACUCAUCAGACACUGGAGUGUACUGGUGUGAGUCUGAUCGAGGGGAAUGCAGCAACUCUAUCAACAUCACAGUCACAAACGGAGUGAUCAUGGAGAGCCCCACACUUCCUGUGAGAGAAGGUGAAACAGUGACACUUCUAUGCAAUUACAAAAAAGAUGAAGCAAGCAGGGCGACUUCUAAUUUCUCAGCUAACUUCUACAAAGAUGGUGUUUUGAUCGGUACUCAACCUGCAGGAAACCUGACUUUCCCCGCCGUGUCUACAUCUGAUGAAGGUUUCUACAAGUGUGAACACCCCACCAAAGGAGAGUCACCACAGAGCUGGUUGUCUGUCAACAGUACAGUCAUUGCUCAGCCAUCAGUAUCUGUUCCUGGGCUGAUUGGUGCUGUUCUGGUGAAACUCUUCUACACUGUGAUGAUUACACUGGGUGCAAAUGUACACAGAUGCUGAGUUAAUGGUAGCAAAGCCUGAGAAAAUAAAUUAUAUAACAAUAGUGAUUGCAUUUGACAUGAAUGCCCCCAAAUAUCUUCUGUGCAGCAGUGUGUCAGUUUUUUUUUUGAAGAUGACAGAAAUUAAAUAAGUAGAAAUAAUAAAGCCUUUAUGAGCAUUUGAGACAUAUAACACACUCAGAUGUGCAAAUGUUUAGUGAUGUGUUUGCUGUGGAGUCUGCAGAUGUACUAAUAUUAACAAAUCUCAUAAGAGUAUUUAAAUACACCUUUUAAACAUGUUAAAACAUCCAUCCAUCCAUUCAUCCAUCCAUCCAUCCAUCCAUCCCACUGUAGUUAUCCAGCUGAAGUGGUGCUGAAAUCUAUCCCAGCUGUCACAGGGUGAGAGACGCUAUGGACAAGUUGCCAGGUCUGUUGUAGAGACAGACCUGGCAGCUAGCAAAUCACUCUCACGUUCAUACCUACAGAAAAAUUUACAAUCACCAUUUAACCUAACAUUUCUUUGGACUGUGGGAUGAAGCUGGUGUACCGGGAGAGAAUCCACACCAGCACA